AUGAGCGCAGCCAUUGCAAUGGCUCCUUCGCCAGCUCCUCACGACCGGACAAGCUUCGGCGGCUCUCCGCCAGCCAUGACUUCCUCAAAUGCCGCGGGCCCCGCCCCUGCAUCCUCUGCCUCACCAUCCGCCCAGCGAACAGCCGUAUCGGCAACACCCAGCGCACCUGCACCACCUGCACCUCAACAACAGUCAAAUCGGUCUGGCAGUGGCAGCCCAAGGGGUCAAGCUCAAGGAGCCGGAAAGUCGUCCCCUCCCAGCGCUUCUCGAACCGGUGGAGGCCCACCCAGAAUCAUCGUUAAGAAGGAGCCUGGCUCGCCAGACCUUGCGACAGCUCGCCACCGCCCUCGUAGACUAGACCUGUCCCGGGGCAUGAACGUUGGCUCUGGCGCUGCGACUGCUCGGCCUCUGACGUCUCGGGAGAGUGGUGGCUUGGGUAUCCAGGAGAUGGGAUUGGCCUGCCUGUCCCCGGGCUUCAUCACUCAAGAUCCAGUUAUGAAGGAGCAGGUUCAGCGGAGUCUGUCAGUUCGCGAGCAGCAGAGACACCUCAUCGAGGCACGACUGCAACAACAGUCGGCAAAGGGAGACGGCCCAACAGACAAGGACAAGGAGCCAACAAGCGGAUUCGCCGCCAAAACACCAGGCAUGUCUCGCAGGAACAAGGCUCCUCCGGGACUGUCUAUCGUCGCUCCAUCGCACGAGAACUUCGCCAAUGAGAGGGUGAUCCAGUCUGCGCCCCUCGGUCAAACAUUUACUGGCAUGAACAACCCGCACCCUCUUACUCGGCACAUCGAGAAUCGCCCUUCCAAGCUCUCAAACACAUCACACAUCCACCACGUGCCCGCCACACAAACAAACAACAGACUACCACCAAUCUCCGAUGUCUUCGGACACAAUCUCCACUCAGGGCACCCCGAGUCAACUGGCCAUGCCAUGUACGCGCAGCACCAGAACGGCCCUCAGCCGGCUCGCUCGCCCGGCCAUACCCACAACCCACACCCGCCACCCACCGCUACCCGGCCGAGAGAAUACAAGUCGGCUGAGGAAGCCCAGCAUGAGCUUGCUGGAGGACGUCCCGAACUCCUGCCAAAGUUAGUCCACUACGGCGGCCACCAGCCACCAACCCCGCCAUCGCCCCUUCCAGGCGCGCAUAGAGUUGACGCCAGCCGAAGCACCAGCACGACGAAGCGACGCCGGGAUGAGUACGAGGCCGGGGUCUCGCCUCCAUUGGGCAACGGCCGGCCAUCGGUCAGACGAGGUCCCUUCGGCGAAGGACGGGACAGCCCCGAAACACAACGUGCCAAGAGGGAGGAGUUCCUGAGGAUUUGUGAGAGAGCUUGGGAUCUCUUCCACUCCUGA